AGGAAAAAAUGGUGGAUUUGUGUGGAUAUUUCUAUCGGUUUAUUCAAUUGGAGAAUUUUUUCAUUUCCUCGAGGAGUUUUUAAGCGAUCUGCAGCUCAUGCAAAGGAGGGAUAUCUAAAGUUAAUUUAGCAAUGGAUAAAUCAAAAAGGAAAGGGAUCACUUGGGGAGAAGCGGCAAAAAUGGUUUUAGAACAAUCUCCUGAGCCACUCAACCAUAAGGAAAUUCUAAAGGCAAUACUUGAUGGAAAUCUCAAGGAAGUUAGUUUGAAAAAUCCGCAGGCUUUGGCUUGUCUUAAUGCAAUGCUCCAUGCAAACUCAAGAACACCCUCGUCGCUUUUUGUAAAAGUCAGCGGACGUGGUACUUGCUAUCGAUUGAAUAAAAAUCGCACAGACCUACUGGAUUCAUCUGACACAGAUUCAGACUCACCAGGUUCAAGCUCGAAUGAUGCGCUGUCGGAUGGCAAGGAAUCAGGAGAAAGAUCAUCUCAUUUCACUGGAAUUUUAUCAAAUGAAAACUCAACUCCAUCUUGUUCAUUGCCGCCAAUUAGCAGUAUAUUGGGCUCCUAUCAGAGCCAGGUGACUUCAACGUCAGUGUCCUCCUCAAUUGCUUGUGCGAUAGCGGACUCACGUCUCAGCAGCUUGAUCGCACCCACACCUGACACCAUGCCCAUACGAUCCUCCCUGUCCAAGAAGAGAAGCGUGAAGCCCUGUUUCCGAGAUACUCCCGCCACAAAGAAGCCUCGCGUCACAUUUAAGCUAGACGAUGAAAAGAAAUCAAAGAGCAGUAGACCGACCAGACCACCUGUUAAAACCAAGGCCGAGUUGAAGUACAUGGGUGAUGACACCGCUGCAGUGUCGCAGAACUUUAUCCCGCCAGUUCUCAGGCCUCCAAUGUAUCCAACGCACACGGUCGUCAAGAAUUCAUCUUCAGGGUAUUUCGGGCAAAAAAGACACAAGAAGAUGAGCAUUGCUGCCCAAGUGAAGAGGUCUAAGGAAGGACAAGUAGAUUUGGUUUCCCCAGAUUCCAUAUUAGCAAAGAUUAACUGCCGGGCUUUAAUUAACUUCCGCACUUUUAAUUUGCUCCCAAAACAUUAUCAGUACCAGUUGGUGAAACUGCUUCCUGAAGUUGAUCGUGAAGUUGGUAGCAAAGGUGAAAUAAGACCAACCAACACGGCGUUCAGUAACGAGUUCUUUACGAGUGCUUUUGAGUCUUGGAAGGAGCGACUAACAGAAGGAGAGUUCACACCAGAAAUGAGUCAAAAGAUACAACAAGAACAAGAGAAACUCUUCAGUCAAGACCCUUGGAAGACAAAGCAUUUUGAAUCGUCCUGGGGAGAAAAGUUUAUGGAAAGUGAGAGAUAUAUCUCUCCUGUAGAAAGAAGUCACCAAAUUAUGGAACAAGUCCACGUUGAAUGGCAGAAAGAACAGGAAAGAUUGGCGAAAGAAAAACUCGCGCAGGAGAAAUUAGCAAAAGAACAAGAGAAACUAAAAGAAGCUGAAAAUACGGACUUAAGUGCCCCGAAUAAACUGCCCAAAGGCAAGACCUUAAACGAACAAGAUGCUAAAAAUUUAAAUUCCAAGCAAAAAGCGGCGUUGGUUCGACAGCAAAAGCUCGCGAAAGCGAAAAGUGUUUCAAAUAAAGCGCAUAAAAAGACGUCUGAUGGAAAGACUUCAAAGAGCGGGAAAACUGCCAGCAAGAACGGAAAAGAAAGUGUUGCUAAAGAUAGAAACAGAAGUAGACCAAGAGCAAAACAAGUCAAAGUUAAAAGUGAGGAUAAUACACGCACCGUUGUGCAACCUACGAGUUCUGAUCCUGUUAUUGAUGUUGUUAGCGUUCAAGCGACCGAGGCUGUUGGUACAGCUAGUACUACUGUAGAGACAGAUGUCCAAGAGCAAGAACCCAAACCAAGCACAACUGAACCAGUUCCCAUCUCACAAGAACUAUCCACAGUUCCCACUCCUAUCAGCCCUAUGGUUGGUGAACAACCAACUUCAAAAGAAAAAGCUGUCAAGAAAACCAGUAGAAAAAAGAAAGAAACAAAAACGGUUAAUAAUACAUUAGGUUUCCCAUGCAUGUGUGUCUUGAAACCUAUGGUCAUGUGCAGACGUUGUGGUGCUUUCUGUCAUUCAGAUUGUAUCAAUCCUAUGUCAGUAUGCGCUUCAUGUGUUGCCUAGAGUUAGUUACGAACAUCUAUUACAGAUAAAACAGUCUUAUAUUAAAGAACAUUGAUAUUAAAUUUUUUAUUCCAGUAAAAGGAUUUUUAAGACUGUAAUCAUUUUUAGAUCCAGCCAUUAGUUUUACCUUAAUGGCAAGGGCAGCCUCAAUGGUGUUCAAUUGAACUUUUCAAUGCUUUUUCAUUCAAAAAAACAUCAGAAAAAUAUUCAUUACAGUUUUAAAAGUUCUUUAAGAUAAGCAUAAUUAUGAAAUAAUCAACUUUUAAAUCACAAAUCGAAUAAAUAACUAGUGUAGAUAGAUUUGAAAUUUGUAGAAUAAACAUUUGUGUACAGCAGAAUUAUUUCUUGUAAAAGGCAGUAAAAUAAUACUUUUUGUUGUGUAAUUUUUUCAUGUGAUUGAAAUGUAACCUUUGCAAAGCAAUUAAAAAGUACAAGCACAGAUUAGGGGGAUUAGGUCCCCUUAAUCUAUGUCCUAA